ACGCCGUUAAGUCCUCCUAUUAACGCCGUCUUUCGUUAUCUAAAAUUCUCCCUCAUCUCUUUUUUUCUCUCUCUCCUCUGCGCUUCUUUCUCUCUCCUCUUUUGCGUUUUUAGGGUGGAUGAUUUUUUAGACUUUCAGAGCGCCGGCACUCACUAAUUUCUUCGAUUUUAGUUGGCAGGUAAUGGUAAGUAGCUGAUCCAGAUAUAUAUAUCUAUCAAGUGCUGGGAGAGUUCAAAUGGGACCACUUUAAUUUUGCUGGUGACCAUCAACAGUUUGUAAGCUGAUUGUCAAACUUAUCUGUCCAUAUUGUAACAGAGUUUAGUGGCAUUACUCUAUGAUAUAGGUACUUCUUUUCUUUCUGGUUUUCUGUAUAUCAAAUGGAAAUAAGUUCAGUUACUCACAGGGUUAACCACUUGUAUAUAAUGGCAUCCACGCCGCUCUCUUGAUCUGUACAUAAUAGUUAUAAUCGCAGCCUGUUCGAGGUAAUUUUUUUGGGCUUAGGUUUAUUUGCAGGGAUCGGUCCACUAGAUAUCAAUGGAAGGAAAAUACGCAAAGGUAUUGGAUAAUGGGCGCAGAGUUGUCGUUGACUUGAAGAGGAGAAGAGCUGCUAGGUUUGCUACGUAUCUAGCUCGCAAUGCCAUUCCGCAGUUCUCUAUGUUGAAGUCAUCUGCUGUUAAGCUUGGCAAACGAAAGAAACCCGAUGUUUGCAAAGCCAAGUGCAGGAGCUGUAAACUUGCUUCUCGUAGGUCACUGCUCCGGUAUUAUGCAAAUUUUAUGAAAAGCGGGCUGCCUAAACGCUUAAUGUUUUUCCAGAAUGGUGAAUGGGUUGAUCAUGAGCUGGAAGUUGUUGGCCUGGUUAAAAAAGAUUUUGAGUAUAAAAAGGCUGCUAUUGAAGUGAAGUUUAAGACUUGCCAUCUGGUGUUUGAUUUUGUGCAUAUGGUGCAGUUCAAUUUCAAAACUUCUUUGGAGCAGCCCAUUGCAUGGAUUGAUGAAGGGGGAUACUGUUUCUUCCCUGAAGUUUUCACUGAUGUUGAUGAGCAGCAUAGGAAUCUCCAUCCUGAGAUUCAGAAAGACGGGUCACGUGAUGUUCAAGAGAUUAAGCUUCAGAUUGAAAUUGAAGUAAAUGGGGUUGCUGACUCAAAGCUAGUGGAAUAUUGUGGGGAAUCGAGUCCUUUGGUGAAGCGACUAAAAGUUGGUCAGAAUGCUGAAAUUGAGGAUAGUUGUGAUAAGGUUUCUGAUGUGAGGAGGAGUGAAGAUGUUGGAGAAAAUCAACAUCUUGAAAAAAAUGUGGAUGCUGAGGUUGAGAAAGGAAAGUCAGAUUUGGAUUCUGAUUCCGUGAAAGAAAUGUUUCUGAAAGGCAUGGAUUCUGUUGCUGGUCCAGAGGUUGUAGAAAUUCUUUCCAACUCAGGUUCCACGUGUCAGGGUCGAUUGGAGAUUUUUUUGAAACAAGUUGAGAUAACGAAAAAGUAUCGUGGGGAUCCAAAUGUUUGCUACGCAUGGCUUGCAUCUAGUAAAGAAGCGUUGUCUGGAAUUAUGACUUACGGACUUGGGCAUUUUGAAUUUCAACAAAUCAAGUCUAUUUACGGCAUUGGUGUUCAUCUCACAGCUGCAAAUUGUGCUGAUGCCAGUGCAAAUUAUUGUGAUGAUGACGAAAAUGGAGUGCGGCAUAUGGUCCUUUGUCGUGUCAUCAUGGGAAAUAUGGAGGUUGUUCAUCCCGGAUCCAAGCAAUUCCACCCUAGUAGCGAGAACUUUGACAGUGGAGUUGAUGAUCCUGAAAAUCCACGACAUUAUAUAGUCUGGAGCAUGAACAUGAAUACUCAUAUAUACCCUGAGUAUGUUGUUAGUUUCAAGGUCCCUGCUAAUCUUCAAGGUCAUAUUUUGAAGAAUGAUGGCAACCUUGACAUCACAAAAGCCAAAACUGGUUAUCCAAGCCCUAUGUACCAGUGUAAAACUGAACCUGCUGUUGACAUUGGAACUGAUCAAUUUUCAAAUAUAACAAGUGAUGGAAGCAAGGAAAGAAGUGCUAGUUCGAAUUCAACCACCUUAAGGGAACCAAAAUCCCCAUGGAUGCCAUUUCCUAUGUUAUUUGAAGCAAUUUCAAAGCAAGUGCCUCAAAAUAACAUGAAGUUGUUGCUUGCUUAUUAUGAGCUUUUUAGGAACAAGAUCAUUUCUCGAGGGGAUUUUGUUAAGGAGUUGAGACUAAUUGUUGGAGAUACUUUGUUGAGGUCUACGAUACAAGAACUCAGCUGCAAGGUACUCCCAAAUAAUAACAUGAUGGCGGUGAAUAACCAAGAAGUAGGAAGUUAAAAAGAGUAGCUUGUUUAGUGGCUCAAGUGAUAUUAAAUAUUUGGUACUUUUGGCAAGGUGGGCAAUGCGUCGACAUAAAGUUUGUGAAUAUCAAAUACUUUCUUGUUCUGGAGCGUCAAGUUUCAGGUUCUAAUAGCUUUGCGUUGGUAUUUUAGUUGAACAUUUUUCAUAAAGUUGUCUUCUUUUGUUUGAAGAUCAAACCUUGUGGGACAAUCUUUUUUUUUUCUUUGUUCGUUUUUUGUUUUUUUUUUUUCAUCUCUUGUGCACAAUUUAGUGGAGUUUUUUAUUUGGAAAGUUACAUGGCUGUGUUGACUUUUA